GUUCUCAGAUCAAUAUCUUACAAGAAAAACGCAUUUUUCUACUUUCUCGCGGCGUAAAAAGUUUUUGAUUUUUUAUAAAUAAACUAAUAAACUGACAAUUUUUUUACUUGCGAUUACAAACUUUUAUAACGAUUCCGCAAUUAUCUAAUUUUUUUCCGAUACGAUUUAUACAAAUUAUUCGCGAACUUCGUGCAGCUGUGUGUGACGUCGAAAAGAGACAGAGCUGCGCGAGAGGAGGCUCAUACACUGCACAUCGGCUCGGUCGGUCCCGUUAAUACACAGCUUUUGGAUAAUUUAUUAACUCGUCGGAAGAAUGGCGAGCUGUCGGCUAUUCGGUGCGCUCACGCGCUUUUCUCGGACCAAUGUCAACUUUGUCACACGUGCAGCUCUGUAUCAGCCACUGCGGACGCUGGCUACAGAAGCUAAAAACAAGCAUUUUUCAUACAAAGUCGUCGAAGAUGUAGCUGUAAUUUCUAUCGACUCCCCUGGAGUCAAGGUGAACACUUUAAAUGAAGAAGUAAUGCAAGAAAUAUCCACAAUUUUGAGAGAUGUUGAGAGUAACCCUGCAGUUCGAUCAGCUGUAUUGAUAAGUGGAAAGCCAAACUGCUUUAUUGCUGGUGCCGAUAUUUCAAUGCUGCAAAAAGUUAAAGAUGAGCAGACUCUAUAUAAAAUUUCCAAGGACGGUCAUGAAAUUUUGAAUAAAAUUGCAGAAAGUAAGAAACCCAUCGUAGCUGCUAUUCAGGGCAGUUGCUUGGGUGGAGGUUUAGAGGUAGCUAUGGCUUGCCAUUACCGAAUUGCAGUGAAAGAUGACAAAACUGGCUUAGGAUUGCCAGAAGUAAUGCUUGGUCUUCUGCCUGGUGGCGGUGGAACUCAAAGGCUUCCGAAAUUGGUUUCCCUUCCAAAUGCACUAGAUAUGCCUUUGACUGGUAGAACAGUAAAAGCUGAUAAAGCGAAGAAAUUUGGUCUUGUUGACCUUCUUGUAAAUAGAUUGGGUCCAGGAGUAGCGACAGCUGAGGAAAACACAAAGCAAUAUUUGGAAGAAACUGCCGUGAAGGUGGCAAAAGACAUUGCGAACGGUAAACUAAAGAUUGACAGAAGUCCAAAGAAUUGGGUAGAAAAACUAACCAAUCAAGUAAUGGGCAUUGAAUUUGUGAAAGAUCAAAUCUUUAAGAAAGCAAAAGCACAAGUAAUGAAACAGACCAAUGGCCUUUACCCAGCUCCAUUAAAAAUUUUAGAAGUUAUUCGAACUGGUUUGGACAAGGGUCCCCAAGUGGGCUAUGAAGCAGAGGCCAAAGGAUUUGCUGAAUUAGCUAUAACACCUCAAAGUAAAGGUUUAAUCAGUCUUUUCUUCGGCCAAACAGAAUGCAAGAAGAAUCGUUUUGGAGCCCCUAAAACUCCAGCAAAGACUGUUGCAGUUGUAGGAGCUGGUUUGAUGGGUGCAGGUAUCGCUCAUGUUAGUAUUGAUAGGGGUUACAAUGUUAUACUUAAGGACACAAACGAUGCUGGAUUAAACAGAGGUGUUGCUCAAAUCCAAACAGGCUUGAACAAUGCUGUGAAGAGGAAACGUAUAAACAGCAUUGAGAAAGGAAGAUUGCUUGCUAAUCUAACUCCAACCUUGUCUUACGAUCAGUUCCGAAAUGCUGAUAUCGUCAUUGAAGCCGUAUUCGAAGAUCUUGGAAUCAAACACAAAGUUAUCAAAGAAAUCGAGUCUAGAACUCCAGAACACUGUAUUGUUGCCACCAAUACGUCUGCUAUUCCAAUAACAAAAAUUGCUGCUGGAAGUGGACGUCCAGACAAACUUAUUGGCAUGCAUUACUUUUCUCCUGUCGACAAAAUGCAAUUAUUAGAAAUAAUAACGCACAAAGGUACUUCAGAGGAAACCAUAAAGUCUGCUGUAGAUGUUGGUUUAAAGCAAGGAAAAGUAGUGAUAACUGUUGGAGAUGGUCCCGGAUUUUACACGACGAGAAUCUUAUCUGCCAUGGCUACUGAAGGUGUAAGACUGAUGCAGGAAGGCGUCGAUCCUAUGGAUUUAGAUCAGCUUACGAAGAAAUUCGGUUUCCCCGUGGGAGCCGCCACUUUGUCCGACGAAGUCGGUAUUGAUGUAGGCUCGCACAUCAGCGUUGAUCUUGUAAAAGCUCUCGGAGACAGAUUCCGUGGUGGAAACGAGAAUAUUCUAGUUGAAAUGGUCAAGGCAGGAUAUUUAGGCCGAAAAUCUGGCAAGGGUAUCUUCGUUUAUGAGACUGGUUCGAAACACAGGGACAUUAAUCCUGGUGCACUUGAUAUUCUGAAGAAGUACAGCCUGCAACCUCUCGGCAGCACUUCUGAUGAAGACAGACAAUUAAGAAUGGUGUCUCGAUUCGUUAACGAAGCUGUAUUAUGUUUGCAAGAAAAGAUUUUAGCCAACCCCUUGGAAGGUGACAUUGGUGCUGUAUUUGGACUUGGAUUCCCGCCAUUCACUGGAGGACCUUUCCGCUGGGUCGAUUAUUACGGUGCCCAUAAAUUAGUCAACAAAAUGGAAGAGUUCAUGGCCCACUAUGGCGAACCCUUUAAGCCAUGCGACUUGCUUUAUGAUAUGGCCAAGAACCCCCAGAAGAAAUUCCAUCCUCAGUAACCUCGCUAUGAAAUGGUUUUAAAAACCAUUGAGUGAAAAGUUAGUCGAUCGAUCGACAAAAAAUUUGUAAUUUUUUAAGAUUUUAACAUGUGCUGCAAGUACAGAGCGUGCACUCGGAAAUAGUUAUAUUAUACUGUAAACGAAUUUUCUAAUACUUGUUAUUGCAUUUUAUAGUGCAUUUUUAUACGUUUCCAGAGUCAUAGCUUACGUAUUUUUCGACUGUCCUUGUUAAACGUGUGGUACAGACAAGCUUUUAUCAUAAGUAUAUUUUUACAUGAAUCUGUUUAUAAAAUAAAUUAUAUAAGAAAGCAAUGAUA